AUGAUGUUAGCAAAAUCAUUAUCUUUGCUGCUUUUCGUUGGAGUAAUCACGAUAACUUUCUGUCAAACCAGAGUAGAAUCGUCACCAGUGAAAGAUACUAUGUUAAUACCUAGGCCGACGGAAGCGGCUACCAUACCUCCUAAAAAUUCACCUGACUUACUGGACACACUAGGCGGACUGUGUAAGUUGAUAAACUUUUUCACUAUUAUUAUUCAGAUGUUGCUGUUAUAUCAAUUCACUGUAUAUUGUUUUGUAGUCGGAGAUUUGAUAAAGCCACCCCAACCCAAACCAGCACCCAAACCUGCAGGAACACCAACCCCCACAACGGCUCCGAAGACUGCUGAGGGGGCUCAAAAUCCUACUGGCAAGACACCUGACUUACUGGACACACUAGGCGGACUGUGUAAGUUGAUAAACUUUUUCACUAUUAUUAUUCAGAUGUUGCUGUUAUAUCAAUUCACUGUAUAUUGUUUUGUAGUCGGAGAUUUGAUAAAGCCACCCCAACCCAAACCAGCACCAUCAUCACCUACUACUACGUCAACAUCAGCCCCCACAACAGGUAAGAAUUCAAACAAUCAUUUAACAUAUGACUUCGCGGUAUAA